AUGUCAUCCGUGUUCCAGGGCCGUCAUGACGUAGCGUGUCUGCCCCACUUCAGCCCUACGAAGCACACGCUGGAUGCAGGAACGCGUCCACGUACCAGGUUGACUUGUAGACUUUGCCCACCAUAUGCUUUUGAAGCGUACUACACAUCCCUCCACGCCAUAAUAUCCGUCUACAAGCUCUCCGGCCUCGAUCUCGACGUGGAAGAAGAAGUCCCCCUCGCAACCAUAACGCGUCUAAUCUCCCGUCUACGAGCAGACUUUGGCCCGGACUUCAUCAUCACCCUCGCGCCCGUCGCUACAGCUCUCAUCCCCGACCCGAACAUUCCCGCCCACUUGCGCCCGCCCCGCCCAAUGUUAGCCUCAGGCCCCAGCCCCAACCCGCUCCAUCCCACACUCCCCCAUCUCAGUGGCUUCAGCUACCCCGAGCUCGAAUGCAGCGUCUACGGCCGGGAAAUCUCCUGGUACAACACGCAAUUCUACUGUGGAUGGGGCGACGCCGGAACAACAAUGUGGUACGACACCAUCAUCGCCGCAGGCUGGAAACCAGAAAAAGUCGUCAUGGGCGUAGUUACCAACCCCGGCAACGGCGCCGGGCAUAUCCCCCUGGCUAAACUGAGCGAGAAUUGCGCUAGGCUACGCGACAAGUACAAGGGCGUUGGCAACGGCUUCGGCGGCGUCAUGGGAUGGGAGUACUUCAACUGCGGGGAUUACGAAGACGAUCUCGUACAUGUUUCUGAGCUUGAACUCAAUACUGAGACUGUGCAGACGGGGUGGGUGGCGGCGCUGGGCAGGGUCUUGCGUAGUGAGGUACCGCCAUCACUACCAUCACCGCCAACGGAACAGCAGCGCCCGUUGCAAGCCGUUACCGCAGACCAGAUUCGCAACAUGGUUACCAACUUGCCUCCAGCACGGGCGCCAUGGCCGGAUGAGGAGGUGCAGAAGUUGGUUGUGCUGGGGUUUGAAAGACACGAGGCUGUUGCUGCGCUGAAUGCUACGGAUGGGAAUGUGGAAAUGGCGGCGGGGUUUUUGUUUGAACAUUAUCCUGCGUAG